GUUAGCCUGAUUGACUGACCUCACACGCCAAGCAGCAGGCAGACAGGCAGGGACCCUGGCUGUUUGUGCUAAGCAGCAAAGAACCGGCGUUGUGCCGCGAUGGCUGGCAGUGCCGGCUCGCCUGCAGCAGCUCCGGCAGGGGGCCAUCGCCCCCACGUAAGGGAGCGGAGCUGCAACUUGAACCAGGCAACAGCGACACAUUCACAAUCGGAUAGCAAUCACAUGGCCAACCGCGCCGCCGAUCAUCCUACCGCGAACAGGGAAGGCGGCGGGCCAAUUGCAGUGGAAACCAGAUGCUCUUGUUCUGCGGAGACGGGGGUGGCGGGUGUGAAAGCGAAAAUGUCAGACAUGCCAGCGACCUCGGGGAUGCCUAUGAGGACCCUUCGCAGGCAGACCGUUGCUGCGGAGGGGCGGAAGGACUCCAGGGUGGACGGCGUAGACAGGCUGAGCGAUGGCACUUUUGCUACCGUACUGGCGCCGGGUGUUGUUGUCGGAUCCGGGGGAGGCUCGGAUGUGAACGUCGGGCUAGAUGUGAUAGGAGGAAGGGGGCGAGGGGAAGGAGGAGGAGGAGGAGGAGGAGGCGGAGGAGGAGGAGGCGGAGGAGGAGGAGGCGGAGUAGUUGACCUGGGAGGAGGAGGAGAGUCUGACCUAGAAUAUGGUCGGGGUUCGGCGGAGUCGUAUUCAAGUAGCGGUGUCUCGCCCACGGGCCCACUUGCGGACCCCGGGCACCCUCUGGAUUGGCUGAGAUCGCACCACAAUCCGGAGUCUCCCCUCAACAGUGCACCGAGCACGGGUCCCAACACUCCCAAGGGACAGGAGGCCAUCGAAAGCUGGAAUCGUUGGGCCCUGGAGCCGACGUCUCAAAUCGGCCUCGUGGCCAGCAGCCGAGAUGAUGACCAGGAACAAGGGGCAUCAGUCGGUGGUCCUCGGAAGAAGCCGGGCAACGUGAGUCGUCGUUGGCGGAGGUGUUGGCACUGGGUCGGGAGUCCGAAGUCCAAGAAGCUUCGACGAGUAACCUGCGUUUUCCUUGUCCUCUCGUGUAUAGCUUCGUGGUGGGGGACCGUCUACUUGAUUGGAGGAGAGAGCGCUGGGCCGAACAGUGAGAUCUUUGCUACCAUCUCGCUGCUGUUGGUGGCCUACGCGGUGGGCGAGAUGUCCUACCGGAUUCUGGGUAUCCACCCCCUCCUGGGGAGCUUUGUGGGGGGGUUCGUUCUGAGAUACGUCCCCGGCGUGGAGGUCGGAGAGUCCCUGUCCGGCAAAUUGGCGGGGCACAUCCGAAAUUUGGCCCUGGUCAUCAUCUUGCUGCGCGCGGGACUAAGCCUCGAUGUGCGGUCGUUGGUUAACAUUCCAGAGCUGUGCGUAGUGUCGCCCACCGUGCCGCUCGCGGUGGAAACGACUGUCGUGGCGGCGCUUCUCGCUUGGUUGCUGAACUUCAGCUGGACGUGGGCCUUCAUGGCCGGCUUCAUUGUGUCUGCUGCGUCGCCAGGAGUCGUGGUGCCCAUCUUGCUCCCGCUGGCCGAGAAGGGCUAUGGUGUGGAUGCGGGCAUUCCGUCGCUGGUUCUUGCUGUGGCCGCCUUGUGCGACGUCUUGGCCCUCGUGGGAUUCUCCGCGUUCGCGGAAGCAGCGUUCGAGGGUAGAGGAGCUUCAAUGAGCGUCGCCCGCGUGUUCUCGGAGCUGGUCUCGGGCGUGCUGGGCGGUCUGCUGGCCGGCUUAUUGAUUACCUUCUUGGUACCUCGAGGAACCAUCGUGGAGCCAGACACAGACGUCGCCAGCCUGAAGAAAACCGUCGCCCACGACGAGAUAGAUGGUCGAUCCAUCGCUACCAAGAGGACCGUGCUGUUAGUUGGCAUGGGAUUCGUCACGUACUACGCUUUCAAGCACUAUCACUACACGGGAGCUGCAGCUAUGGCUGCAUUUGUCAUGGGCAUCCUUCCCGCCCAGGGUUGGGGUCGUCGGAGGACCGGCAGAACGCAAGCACAGAUAGCCAGACUCUGGAUCUAUGUCGCCCAGCCGCUCCUGUUCGGGGUGAUCGGCGCCAGGUUAGAGAUUGGCAUGCUGACUCCAUCUUUGCUUUGGAAAGAAUUCGUUAUCUUGCUCGUCGCCGGAGUGUUGCGAUGGGUGGUGACGGUUCUCGUCACAUCCGUUGGGCAUGUCACCCUCGGCGAGAGAAUGUUCAUUGCCAGCGCUUGGGUAUCGAAAGCCACAGUGCAGGCAGCGAUUGGUCCGCUGCCGCUGCAGGAAGCACGUGCCAAAGGCCACCCCAUGGAAAUAGCCAUGGGUGAAAAGGUGCUGGUGCUUGCCACCUUAGCUAUUCUUGUCGCGGCUCCUACGGGAGCCAUUCUUUCCAAGAUUUUGGGCCCCAGGCUUCUCACAAAGGGGGAAUCAAAGGGUGCUGACCUAGCAGGCCAUUGAUCCAUCCUUGUUACUCUGGCUUCCUCGCUCAGCUACAUUUGCGGCUGGCAAGUGCAGCCAAGAGCUG